AUGUUGAAACUAUACGGUACUAAACGUAACAUUUGUCCCGUAAUAUUUAGAUACGUGACGCUCCAAGCAUCGCCUCAUACCACUGGAAUGUCACCAAAAACACCUUGGACGAACUCCUGGGGCUCUCCUUCAUCUAGCCAUGGGGAAGCUCAUGGAAUCUCGUCAUCGUCUGGAACAUCUGCAUCUCAAAUCCGGAGCAGAAUAGACGCUCUCGUCACGGAAUUGUCAAACAUUUACGAACACCCAAAAGUAUUAAAGCCCUUCAUGACAGAUUGGCUUGAACGAGCCGCUGCAGAGAAGCUACCCGCUGAUACUCCAGAGGGUGUUAAAUAUGUCGAGCAGGGAUGUGUGAGCUUGGGAGUGAGGUCAGAGGCUCGUUUCUAUCACGUUGAGUCAGACUACUAUGACUGGUCAUUACAACGCCGCUGCAUCAGAUUACAAGCACCUUCCAUAUCCCAUCUUUGCAAAUCCGUAAUAAUGGAAAACACACAUCACAAUCCAACAGGAGAUACACUAGAUCCAACCAAUUCAAAGUACUAUUGUGUCAUUGUUCAGUAUGUCGCGAAACUAAACACCCAAAAGCUAAUCAAUUUCGUCUACACAAUGAACAAAUCCUCAUCCAAACCCUCUUCAAAACGUGAUUUCAAUCUACGGGUUGCUGAUGAGGCGCUUACAAUGACAAUGACAGGACAUGAACAGAAUGGGGUGUCGCCUAUAGGCAUGAAGACUGCGUUGCCGAUUAUACUUUCUGAGAGUAUUACGAAACUUCAGCCUCCUGUGCUGUUUCUCGGUGGCGGCCAUGUUGACUGGAAGCUCGCACUGCCAGUCCAAGACUUUAUAGAUAAAACUCGUUGCUUUGUAGUAGACACUUCAUAG